AUUUCAUGGUUGCAUUCUGAUUAUUUGUGGUUACUUGACAGAUAUGACAGAUUCGGCUUUGAUCUAACUGGAAAUGUCUCCAUUACUGUAAGCAAAGCUAAAGAGUAUUUAGCUGAUAAUCAGCCAGGCUCAGCAGCUCUUGUACUUGAUGCCUUGACAGUGGUACUGUUACCUGUUGACAAUGAAAGAUGGCCUUCCCAUCAAGUCACUUCAGCAAUUAAAAGUUUGCGAAAGGCUUGGAUUGAAGUGCUAAUGCACCCUGACCUGCCCAAGAAUGUGGAGGACAAAGUUAGAGAACGAUUAAAGAAUGCUAUCGAUGGAGCUAUGAUUUGUUCACCUGAGAGCUCUGGCUUGAAUGUGAUUCUUGAAAUGAAGAAGUGGACUGAUGAAUUACUUGUCAAGUGUUUUGCGGGUAAAUUAGGAAAUGAUUUCAUCAAAGAGGAUGAUGAUGUGGCUGAAGCUCGACUGGCUUUCUUGGAAAAGAAUAAAAGAUUCUCAGAUGCUUUAUCUUACUUGUUAAGUUGCAAAGUAACCCAAAAGAACAGGAACUCUUCAUAUCAUUAUCAUGGUGUAUCUGUAACAGCUACAGACCAGCGGCUAACAAACAUGACCCAGUACAGGAGGAAAUUUGUACUGUUACUGGCCAAAACAGGAAAGAUCAACCAAGCUCUGAAUGUGUUGACUUUGCCAGUCUCAACAGACAUAACUAAAAGUGUUAUAACAAACACAGUUCUUAAAGAUUCCAGAGGUAAUGUACCUUUUUCACAGUGCACUCUUGGAAACAUGGAUUAUUCAAGCGCUAAGGAGCUCCUCACUGUCUUUGUAACGGACAACAAUUCUACUGAGACAGGAAAGCUUCCUUCACCUUCAGAUAUACCCGAAGACACUUGUAAAAAAGCCUUGGCAUUUAUACUGACUGGAACACAGGUCAAUUCUAAUCUCCGCUUGGAACAAGCAAUGGAGUGGUACAUAAACACACUCUGUGUGACUUCCCUGUCUAAUGACUGUCCAAAUGAAAAGAGAAAGCUGGCAGUGAAAGAGGCAGAGGUACUUGUUACAAAGGCAAAACAACAAUUCCUUUCCACAAGUGAGAUCAAACCUCCAAAAGAUGUUCCCUUCAAGGUGUUUGUAGUGGAAUUAUUUGCAGCCCUUGUUGCCAAUCUCUAUGUCAACAACAACUGUUACCCUUACUUCCCAAUUUCAAACACAUUGGAGAUCUUCAGAAGAAAGAGUUUGUUAUGGGGAGCUUUGUCAGUGGUACUCUCUCCAGUAAUGUGCACCAAAAUCAACAGUCAAAUUCUAAAUUUUGUGCUCGUCAACAUCAUGAAAUCACUUGGUAGUAGAUGUAUUCCAUUUCAAGUCUACACAAGCUGGGUUAAUAAGCUGAAAGACAUUAAUGGCAUUGAGAAGAAUUAUGAGAUUGCACUUUGUAUCCUCAAAGAAGGCCAGCGAAAGUCAGGUCAAGACGGCUUGUCAUUACGCAAGGAUGCAGUGUUGCUGGUUAAGAACCUUUUUGAUGCUGCUGAUGCGCUGUUAAACAAGGCUGGCAACUGGGGUGGUAAGGAUAGGCUGAGUGCCGUGCUCAAGAAGAUAAAGAAAGAUUUUGGUAAGGAAGUCUCCAAACAUGGCCUGAAGGAUUUUGAGGGGCAGUUGAUGAGUUUGUGUUUCAAGAACGAUCCAAGUUAUGCCAAUUUCAAGGAUGUCAAGAAGGUUUACAAUUUAACGGACAAGUGGCCAUCACUAAAAUCAUCAAUGAUAGACUUCCUAAAGAAGCAUCGAACGUCUCACACCUGCUGUUGUAUUGAAGUGUUCGCUAAAUGUGGCAUGUUUAAAGAAGUCAGGGCCACCCUCUCUGCAGCUGGUUACACAGGCUCUCAUCCCAGUAUCUGCGAAAAGAUGAAGGCUGUCAUGUCUAAACUAAAUAAAAACGAAGCUUGUCAAUUUGCAGAUGCCUGUUCUGAUUGGCUGGCUAAAACUCUGUGCGACACAGCCUUCUCACUCUGGCGAUGCAACUACAAUUAUAUGCACGAAUCUCUGCUGUCCUGUGUCAGAGCCAUCGCUGCUAUCAAAACACAGACUUUAAUUGGCAUCCUGUCAGGAGCAAUGCAGAACGCAUCCAAGUUGUUUUGUGACAGGACCGUUCAAUUGAAACAACGCACUGAUCUUGAGCGCUGGCUACGGGACAUCAAGGGAUUGUUUGGAAAGCAAGAGAUGACCGCGUGGAGCUGGGCCUUCCAUGACCUAACUACAGGACCGCUGAAACGCAAGGGUGCAGUCAUCAAGCAACUGAGGAACAGUGCCUCGCUGAUGUCAGGGACGCUCUCUUACAAUCAACUGCUUGCUGUGCAAGCCAAAGCAGCCACAAACAACACGUCCAGCGGUAAACAGGCACAGACUUCAAAAGCACCCGGAAGUGGAACCCAGGCCUCUAGUGCUACUGCUACAGUCCCAAAACAGACUGUCACUACGCCUGUGUCAAAACCAAAUUCUAGUACUUCCGUUCCGAGAGUAGCGGGGAAUCUCCAAGGAGAUAGUAGUGCUUCAAGCCCGUCAACAACAGUCAACAAAUCCUCAAGUAGCUUCUACGGAAGGAGUAGUUGCAUCCCAGCGGCCAAUCAGUCUGUCAGGCCAGCAGUUUCUACACCAAACACGAUUUCGACUCAGAAAGCGGCUGUAAAUCUUCCCGUGAAUACUUCAAGCUCAGCCGCGAGUCCACAAGUUGCAUCACGUACGAUGACACCGCCCGCAAUCAAGUUUGUGAGCAUUGCACCUAAAAGCACAAAUGCCUUAGUAAGUCUACCGACUUCAACAAUACAGGCCGUCCCAGGCUCUUCCUCUGCGCCGACGGCCGGCAACUUGGUAACGUCGGCCUCUAAAGGAGGCGGCAGGCCUUCGUAGGAUUCAGUUCCUCUCCGUUUGUUUAGUCAGCGGUUACAGCUUGUGGGUAACCGCGUGCCUUUUCUACAAGACAGAACAUGUGAAGGAGAGAGAAGAGUAUUUAUCAAUAAUUUCAUGAAACCAACGACUGGAAAUUUCCUUGUAGACAUUGACAAAGAACGGUAAACAGAAAAUGCUAUUUGCUGCUUUAAUAAUGCCCCUGUUAGUUGAACCAAGUUUAAAUCAUCGAUAACUAAUAAUGCAGCGAUUUUAAUAAAAGCUUCAAUUUCAGUUUUUUCCACGCAUAACCUAAAGGAAUUAUUUUAUGCUCGGCCGGAUUUUUCUGUUUGAAGAAAACAGUAAUAACCAUCGAUAGUGUUUAGAAUGAGAUUGAGUGCACAGAUUAGUCAGAAUUAAUGUUAUGCGUUUUUUACUUUGCUUUUUCUCCCUUUCUAUAAACCUUGUUGCUGAAACAACAUGUAUCAUUUGCUGUCGAAUUGAAUUGCGAGUCCACGGUUUCCAUUCUUCGGUCAGCGAGUUUUCUUCAUGUUAGGAACAUGUGGUAUCAUAGUGUACAGCAUUUCAGAUAUCUUGUCCCGUCAUCUAAGUUGUACGUUUUCUAGGUUGCCGUGCAUUUGUUAACAGUUGCAAGUAUAAUUAUUUUAAGGUUUAAAGAGAGUUAUUAUAAAAUUUGUUAUAAAGUUAGAGA